AUGGAGAAGCUCAAGGCGAAGCGGACUUCCCGACGAUCCUUGAACAGUCGGAUCAUCAACGAGGCAAGUGUCCUUUUUCGUAGCGACUCCGCAACGCAUGAGCAGCUCGACUCCAUCUACGAGAGGCUGAAGGCAAAUAAUGACGAACUAAACAAGAUAAAUGUGGAACUAGAGAGCCUAAUCACGGACGAAGAAUUCCAAGCCGAGUACGAAACAGUCUUGGAAUAUGAGGACAAAGCGACGCGUACCCUUGCUGAGCUGACGAGCAGGCGGGACCGCAUUUCAAGUGUGACUGCGCACGCAGCCGAGGGUUCAACGUCGGCUACCCAUACCAUUGCGUCACCAUCGGAAAGGACGGGAGCCAAGCUACCAAAACUCACGAUCACUCCCUUCUCUGGAGAUGUGUGUAAAUGGGUGGAGUUUUGGGAGCAAUUUGACCAGAUUGUUCACAACAAUGCGAGUCUUACCGCCACUGAGAAGUUUCAUUAUUUGCGACUAUUUCUCAAAGGAGACGCUGCUUCAGCGGUCGCGGGUCUUCCAACUACGCAAUAA